AUGUUUAGAAGCAAACAAAGACAUACAAAUACAGAGAAUUGUUUUAGUGCUCUUUCUUACGAAGAUAUAAUCAAGGCUUUCAAUAAUCCAUCGAAUAUAAACAGAAAUGAAGCCAUGGCAGCAAAAAUCAGGCGAGAAAUUGAUCUAAGACUUGGUGGAGUAUUUUCCCAUUUCCAAACUCUUAAAAUGAAAAAAUACAUCGAAGAAAAAAGAGAAGAAGUGCUUUCAUACGGUCCCUGCCAACUUCCUACCCUCGGAUUCGUCGUCCACUCCUUCCUCAAAGCUCAGAAAUACAACAACUACCCUGAAAAAUGCUGGAAAAUCGAUGUCCACAUCAAAAAAGGUGACAAAUCUUUACAAAUUAAAUGGAAUCGAAAACACCUGUUUUGCAAGGUUUCCUGCUUCGGUCAGUUCGCGAGUAUGUUCGAUUUCCCAUCAGCUAUCGUGACCGAUAUCCAAAUUACAGAAAGUGAAGUGACCAAACCGCAACCGUUAACCACUGCUACUCAUUUGAUCAAUUGCUGCAAGUACCUCAAACUUAAAGCCUCCAGGGCGAUGGCGAUCACAGAGAAUCUGUAUAACAACGGAUUUAUUUCGUAUCCGAGGACUGAAACUGACAGUUUCCCUGACAAUUUCAAUUUUGUCGACAUUUUGACAAAUUUGACAAUUGACAGAGAGGUCGGAGGGAUGGCGUACGAAGUGUUGAACUCCCUGCAGAAGCCUCUCAAAGGGAAUUGCACCGACAACGCUCACACUCCGAUUUAUCCAAUUGUUUGUCCGUCAGAGUUUAAUUCAAAAGAAGAAAAAGACGUUUUUUAUUUAAUUUGUCGUCACUUUUUUGCGGUUUUGUCAAGUAAUUGUUUGGUUACAACCAAAACGACUGAAUUCGAUGUUGGCGGAGAGUUGUUCCACUACAAAUCGAAGACAAUCAAACAAAUUGGUUUCAUGAAAUAUUUCGAUUACUUCAAAAUUAAAGAAAAAAGUGACAUUGAUUUUUCAAUGAAUGAAAACAUUGAAGUCGAAUCGAUCAAGAUGGUGAAUACAUCAUACAAGAAGCCAGAACUUCUUAGCGAGUACGAGCUGAUAGACAAAAUGAACAAGAAGAAAAUCGGAACAGACGCAACUUUUCACCAGCAUAUUUCUAAAUUGGUCGAAAGAAAAUACAUAAAAAUUGACGGGAACGGAAAGAUACUUCCCACAGCUGUUGGAGCCGCCCUUGUUGCAGCAUAUGAGAAAUUGAGGAUAGGAUUUGCUCGGCCACAGCUAAUGGCUGAUUUGGAGCAGAGUUUGAGAGAGAUUUCGGAAGGAAAAAGGAAAUCUGAUGAUGUUUUGAAGGAUUUCAUUAGAAGGUACAUGGAAAUAUUCGAAAAGAUAUAUAUUAAUGCUGAUUCUUUGUGCAUUGAGUUCUCGAAAGCAAUUAAAAAGUUUUCAGAAGAUAUUGAACUUAAUUCACAAGAAAAAACUCCUGAAAAUACUCAGGAAACCAUUGAAAUGGAUGAUGAAGUGUCUUUGACAACAGACACAAGAGCUGAUGAUAUAAAUGUUGAUAGAAAAUCUUGUAUUAUUUCUUAA